UUCUACGUUUGACUUGACGUUACAGGAAUAGCGCUGCCCGGGCAGCUGAAGGGCCGCAAGCUGACGAGUAAAGGAAGCACAAGGUGCUUGUCUACAAUUUACAAGCCGUCUGUGAAUCAAGUAUAGGAAAAUGGCAUCUAUGCUGCUUAGUAGACAUAUGACCCAGGCCCUGCAGCAAAACUCCAGAUUACUUGUGCCAUGUUGUCGAUACAUCAGUCAAGCUGCAGCCAAAAAGAAUGUUGACUUUGAAUAUGAUGGUCCAUUAAUGAAGACAGAAGUCCCAGGACCACGAUCGAGAGAAUUAAUCAAACAGCUUAAUACCAUACAGAAUGCAGAUGCUGUGAAUUUUUUCUGCAAUUAUGAAGAGAGCCGUGGAAAUUAUCUUGUUGAUGUUGAUGGCAAUCGAAUGCUGGAUUUGUAUUCCCAAAUAGCAUCUAUCCCCAUAGGUUAUAAUCAUCCAGCCCUAAUAAAAAUUCUGCAACAGCCACAGAAUUUGAGUGCAUUUGUCAACAGACCAGCUCUAGGCAUUUUACCCCCUGAGAAUUUCACUGAGAAACUGGAGGAAUCCUUGUUGACUAUUGGACCAAAGGGUUUGGCACAAAUUAUUACAAUGUCUUGUGGAUCGUGCUCAAAUGAAAAUGCUUUCAAAUUAAUAUUUAUGUGGUACAGAAACAAAGAACGAGGCCACAACAGUGCCACAAAAGAAGAGCUGGAAUCCUGCAUGAUUAACCAGUAUCCAGGAUGCCCUGACUACAGCAUUCUGUCAUUUAUGGGUGGUUUUCAUGGACGAACUAUGGGUUGUCUAGCAACAACACAUUCUAAAGCUAUUCACAAGCUAGAUAUUCCUUCUUUCGACUGGCCUAUUGCCCCAUUUCCAAGACUAAAGUACCCAUUGAAGCAGUUUGUGAAAGAAAACCAGGAUGAAGAGGCUCGCUGUUUGGAAGAGGUGGAGGACUUGAUUGUAAAAUACAGGAAAAAGAAAAAAACUGUUGCUGGAAUUGUUGUAGAGCCAAUCCAGUCAGAAGGAGGAGACAACCAUGCAUCCGAUGACUUCUUCAGGAAACUGAGAGAUAUUGCUCGAAAGCAUGGAUGUGCAUUUUUAGUGGAUGAGGUUCAAACUGGCGGAGGAGCAACUGGGAAAUUUUGGGCUCAUGAACACUGGGGCUUGGACGAUCCAGCGGAUGCUGUUUCCUUUAGUAAGAAAAUGAUGACAGGAGGGUUUUUCUAUAAGAAAGAACUUCGUCCUGAUGCUCCUUAUCGAAUUUUUAACACCUGGCUUGGUGACCCCUCCAAAACACUUUUGCUGGCUGAAGUUUUAAAUGUAAUAAAGCGAGAGGAUCUCUUAAACAAUGCUAUUCAAACUGGAAAAGUUCUUCUAGAUGGAAUUCUGGAUAUCCAGUCUCGGUAUGCACAUCUUGUGAGCAGAGCUAGAGGUAGAGGGACAUUCUGCGCUUUUGAUACUCCAAAUGAUGCUACCCGCGUUAAGUUAAUAUCUCAAGCAAGAAAUAAAGGUGUUGUACUAGGAGGUGCUGGUGACCGAUCCAUCCGCUUUAGGCCAACCUUGGUCUUCAAAGAGCACCAUGCACACCUGUUCUUGAACAUCUUCAAUGACAUCCUGAGGGAUUUCAAGUAAAAACUGAUUCUGCUGAGCUGCCUUAGUCAAAAGAAGGAAGGAGAUCAUGAAAUCUGCUUUGAUUAUUAAUCUCUACUACUCUUUACUCACAGUUCAGGUCUAACUCUAGUGGAGGGAAAUUUUGCUCUUGAGCCAAAACCGUGUCCCUAUAAAAAUCCAUUCUAAUGUCCUGCAAUGCCUAUUUUCAGAGGAAAAACUUUUUCCUCUAGUGUACAGGAUAUAGUGAUCAGGGAUGUUAUCAAAAUAUCACCUUUCAUUAUGAAGUACUUAUUAAUAUUGUAUAAUAAUGACAAAGUUGUGUGACAAUGAGACUGUGAAAUUUUAAUUUUUUCUCCCAUUCAAUUACUUCAUUGUAUUCAGAGUAUCAGCAUUGUGUUCAGUUUAACUUUAAAAUGUAGGUUCAAUGUAUGUGUUGUCUUAUCGAUGUAAGUGUUAUUGAUUAAGAAGAAAUGGCAGGAAUUUCUUAGCCUGCCAUUCACCGUGCAUUGUCCCCACAGUGUGAGUCUGUUCUGUGAAAUGAGUUAUCUAUAGCACUGGAUUUAUAGUUAGAUACUAGACUAAUUAGAUUAGAGCUGACGAGUAGCACUAGAUAAUUGACCCUACUUUAAAUAUAUUUGCAUGUUAUCCUUUUAUAGAAUAAAAAUUCAAACGCUCUUUAAUUAUAUGUGACGUAUUUCUCUUUGCUAGACCUUUGACUAUGCCAUUCUCAAUGUUAAUGCCAUUGAUAGCACAUAGAUCAUGCAGACAGGUAUCUGUUAGCCAUC